AUGGCGACUUUGGCGGAGAAGCUCGAGAAGAUUAAGUCUCCCAAGCUGCAGAAUCAGCACCACACUGCGGUGGUGCUUUCUGCAGUGGAGGAUACUCUUCGUGAUCAAAAAGCAGAUUUUUCAGCGACUGCUUACUUUGCCGCCCUCCUUGCCCUACUUUCCCAGUCCUUGUCCGCCGAGCAAGGAAUCGUGAACAAGGAUCUGGCAACUUCUGUCGUCUACCUGCUCGAUAUUACCACCGCCUUUGUUCCCGAACCAAUCCUCCGUUCAAAAUUCUCACAGAUCCUCACCAGCCUCGCUCCUGCUCUGUCGCUCCCUGAGGUCGAAGCUCCUCUCCUCCGACCCUCCAUUGGCUGUCUCGAGUCAUUGCUGAUUGCCCAAGAUGCUCCCGCUUGGAACCUCCCACACACCGCAGUUGGCCCGCGCCGCGCGACGGCUGGUCUGCUGAGUCUCUCAGUUGACCACCGUCCUAAGGUGCGCAAGCGCGCGCAGGAGGCUUUGAUUAAGGUCAUUAAGGCCCCUCCUCCUAGUCCCUCGCUGGACCACCCGGCCGCUGAUAUGUGCGCCGAGUCUGCGAUGAAGACUCUUGGAGAUAGCAUCCGUGCUGCCUCCAAGCAGAAGAAGGGCCGUAAUGACCCCCACCGAGAGAGCCACGAGCCUUUGAUUAUCCACUCUUUGCAGUUGGUUAAGACUAUUGCUACAGCCUCUGGUGGAUGGCCCAGCAAGAAGAUCGAGGCGCUGUGUGAGCUUCUGAUGAACGCUUCUCGCUCCACUAACGAGUAUAUUACCAUGGGUGCGUUCGAGGUAUUCGAGGUUAUCUUCGAGGGAAUGGCCGAUGAGUUCUCCUCUUCGAAGUUGCCUCGUCUGUUGGAUGCGAUCUCUGAACUCAAGCCCGCUCAGAAUGACUCGCAGCUCCUGCCUCCUUGGAUUGCUGUCAUGUCGCGCGGUUAUGAUGUCUCUUCUCAGAUCUCCCCCCGAGGACACAUUCGAGAAGCUCCCAGAGCUUUUCCAGAUGAUCGCUGGAUUCCUGGCUUCUCCUUCGCACAACAUUCGCGUGUCGGCAGUGUGAUUAUUGAUCCCUCAGUCUAUGAUGAGAAGACCAUGGAGAAGCUGGCUCGCGCUGCCUCCGAUCUGCUGUCUGUGAAGUACCAGGCAGCUUGGAUGGAGGUUUUCAAUGUCUGCUCGGCCAUGUUCGACUGCUACAAGUGGCGGUCCAGCCCAUUCCUUGACAACAUUGUGUCGACCGUUGGUGAACUGCGCACCAACGAGUCCUUCCACGGCAAGAAGGAGGCUGAUGCCGUCCUUGGCAGUGCUAUUGAAGCCAUGGGCCCUGCUGCCGUUUUGGAGAUUCUGCCAUUGAACAUCAUUCAACAGCAGAAUGGUCAACCCGGUCGCGUUUGGAUGCUGCCCAUUCUCCGUGACAACGUGACUAACACAAACUUGGCUCACUUCCGCUCUGAGUUUGUGCCGCUUAGUGAGGCUCUGUACCAGAAGAUGACUGACUUCCAGUCCGCUGAGAAGCACGUCGAGGCCAAGAUUUUCGAGACUCUGGUUCAGCAGACUUGGGGUAUCCUGCCCGGAUACUGCGAGCUGCCACUCGACGUGACUGAGUCAUUUGACCAGAGCUUCGCUGAGCUGCUUUCCAACGUCCUCUACAAGCAGACUGAACUGCGUGUCGAGAUCUGUCGCGCUCUGCAGAACCUAGUUGAGUCGAACCAGGCCAUUCUGUCUGUCGAGUCCGAGGAAGAUGACUUGAUCCUGCAGCGCCGUAUCACCAAGGCCGCUGCCGCUAAGAACAUUGCCUACUUGGCUGGCUUUGCAAGCAACUUGCUGGCUGUGCUGUUCAACGUUUACAGCCAGACCCUUCCACACCACCGCGGAUACAUCUUGCAGUGCAUUAACGCCUACUUGAGCAUUACCCCUGAAAGUGAACUCAAUGAGACUUUCACUCGUGUCACAACUAUGCUCGAGGAAUCUUUGGCUAUGGAGCAGAACAACCCUGUCAAGCCCGAUCCUUCCAACAAGAUGCCACCUACCUCGCACACCCUGAUCGAUCUGGUCAUCGCCAUGUCUAUUUACUUGCCACGUUCCAGCUUCUCCGGACUCUUUGCUAUGGCCGCCGCUAUCCUGAACGGAUCUUCCCCCAAUCCAGACCAGCAGCUUAUCAAGAAGGCCUACAAGUUGAUUCCCCGACUUGCCUCAACCGAGACUGGCAGUGCUGCUCUUCAGGAGCGCAGCAGUGAAUUACAGGCUCUGAUGCUUGCCACCACUGACAAGACCCCUGCCUCUGGCCGACGUGACCGUAUGCUCGCUAUCCACGAGUUGAUCACCCACCUCCCCACCUCUGACCUGCACUUCAUUCCCGCUAUCAUGUCCGAGGUUGUCCUGGGCUGCAAGGAGAGCAACGAGAAGGCUCGCACAGCGGCCUUUGACCUUCUUAUCCACCUUUCUCGCCGUGCUACUGACGACGAGCGCAACCCUGCCGGCACAGUGAUCCGCAACUCCUUAGUUUCACACAUGCCCGACGACUCUCCCGAUGCCCCCGCUACCAUCGAAGAGUUCUUCACUAUGGUCUCUGCUGGUCUCGCUGGCUCCUCCCCUCACAUGGUUGCCGCCUCAGUCACUGCCCUGUCCCGCCUCUUUUUCGAUUUCCACACUAAGCUUCGCCCCGAGGUCGUUACAGACCUUGUUCAGACCGUUGAGCUUUUCCUCACAAGCAACAACCGCGAGAUUGUCCGCUCUGUUCUCGGCUUUGUCAAGGUUGCCGUUGUCGUUCUCCCCGAUGACGCUCUGCGUCCUCGUCUCCAAACCCUUGUUCCCAACCUCAUGGCUUGGAACAAGGAGCACAAGGGUCGUCUCCGCAGCAAGGUCAAGGGUAUCAUUGACCGUCUUGUCCGCCGCGUCGGCGCUCCUCUCAUGGAGAGCCUUGUAGGUGAAUCAGACCGUAAGCUGGUUGUGAACAUCCGCAAGCAGCGUGAGCGCAACAAGCGCAAGAAGAAGGAGGGUGCCGCCGGCUCUGAUGAUGAAGAUGACGAUGACAAGCCUAAGGAUCAGCAACCCAACAACGCCUUCGACAAGGCUGUCUACGGCUCUGAUUCAGAUGACUCCGACUCAGACGAUGACGAUGCAUCUGAGAUCGAUGUCGACGAGGCAGGCACCACUCGCAUUAAGGGUCGUGCCGGUAAGAAGAACAAGUCUCAACAGGGCAACCAGUACAUUCGCGAGACUUCCCCAGAAGAUAACCCUCUGGAUCUGCUUGCUCCUGAUGCUCUUGCCAAUAUCUCUACCACAAAGCCUAGUCUGCGCUUCUUGAAUACCGGUCCCGGCUCAAAGAGGAAGCACGCUGCUAAGUACGAUGCUGACGGCAAGCUCAUUCUCGGUGAUGAUGCUGCCGCUGCUGCUUCUGAUGAUGUUGAGAUGUCUGGUGCUGGUUCCUCAGGUGGUGUUAACGCUUACCUUGCUGCUGUUAGUGGACCUGAUGCUGUCCGCCGCGGCCAGAAGGGUAAGGUUAAGAUGGGACAAGCGAAGAGAGGUGGAGAUGCCAUGGAUCUUGAUGAUGACGAAGAGGCUGCUUUGAACCAGGAUAUGCGUAAUAAGGGCCCGCAAUCUGGUCGUCGUGGUCUCGGCGCCCCCAAGACACAUGGUGCAUCUGGUGCUGGACGUAUCGAGAAGUUCCGCUCUCCUGGUGGUGGUCGUGGCGGACCUCGUGGCGGUGGUUUCCGCGGCGGUGGUGGCCGAGGUGGUGGUCGAGAUGGAGGCCGAGGGGGGGUGGUUUCCGAGGCGGCGGUGGUCGAGGUAGUGGUCGCGGUGGUGAUCGAGAUGGAGGCCGAGGAGGUGGUUUCCGAGGCGGCGGUGGUCGCGGUGGUGGCCGUGGUGGUGAUCGAGAUGGAGGUCGAGGUGGACGGGGUGGUGGUCGUGGAAGAU